AUGAGUCUAACGAGAAUCCCUCCAAAUGCAACGUUCGAGCGACGUCGCUCCUCGAUUCAUCUUGAUCCCCUCUCAAUUCGACUCCCAGGUAGUGCCGACAUUUUCGAGAAUUUCCCCGAGAAACUCAACGUCUCCGAUAAAUCCAAUGACUCGUCUAGGUCUGCCUCCACGUCAGACGACAGCAGCCCGGAAAGCCCGCAUCAUCCGAAUUUGGCACCUGUCAAGCCGCCACCAAGUCGAUUACCUUCGAAAAAUGAGAGUCGCAAUCGAGCCACCUCAAGCGAUAACACGCACAACGAUCGACAACGGAACUCGUCCCUGAUCGCACACCUUUUUGAGGACACACCUUUGGCUAAUCGCUCUCGUCGUCAGCGCCGGAUUUCGGUGUCGGACGACUUCGAGACAACGGCCCAAUUCAUCGAAAACCUUCGUCAAGAUUUAAUGAAACAAUUG